AUGUCGCAUGCUCGUUAUAUGUCCUGGCCCGAUGCGCACGUGCUGACCAUGGCGCCCACCUACCCUCCACCCGGCGCUGCCAACGAGUACCCUUCUCCUGCCGCUUCUCGUCGACCUUCCGAGUGUUUCUCUGAGAUGAGUAUGGGCAGCAGCAGGAGAGGCAGCUUGGCUGGAUUUGCGUCGGACAUGGAGAGUACAGGGCAGUGGCAAUCUAUAGGCAGCGAAUCAAAAAGCCCUUUAGCGCAAUUUGGAUUCUUCAAGAGCCUGACCGACAAGAAGACUACGAGAGAUGGCCAACCGCCAAAGAGAAGAGGACCUAAACCGGACAGCAAACCUGCCUUGACACGGCGACAGGAGUUGAACCGCCAGGCACAAAGAACACACCGGGAAAGAAAAGAGCUGUAUAUCAAAGCUCUUGAACAGGAGGUGAUACGUCUCAAGGACACGUUCGCCGCUACGUCUCGGGAACGAGACGCUUUCGCAGAAGAGAACCGGCGACUGAGAGAAUUGCUUAUGGCGCAUGGAAUCUCCUUCGACACUUCCAGCCCAGCAAGCAACGGCAUGGGUCGAGUUGAUAGCUCUGCCUAUGGAAGUUCUACGGGUAGCGUAUCAGGCUAUGGGCCAGGAUCAGCGUCGACUGGCUACACAUCACCACCAACACGCGGAUCAGUUUCUCAUGAUGGCAUGAGUGGUCAGCCCUUGACUCUGCAACAACAAGCCCAACAGUCACAUCAUCAACAGCAGCAUGGGCUCGACUAUGACCAGAUUGGGAUAGACUUCGUUUUAACGUACGACCGAUCGCCCUACCUUUCUCCUCCACCCCAGCAGCUCGAGCGACCUUGCAUGGAUCACAUGCAGUUUUUGAUGGUACGCGCCCACGAUGCCGACGAAAACAUUAGUGGUCAUGCGCUCAUGGCCACCGCCCCUCCCGACGCGCAUAUCGCAAAUUGCCCCGAGGAGAAGUAUCCACAUCAGAUGCCGGACGUCAAGAUGCCGGACUUGAUGAAGCUGCUCGAUCUGAGCAACCGUCUGCCCCUUGAUGGGGAGAUCACGCCCAUUAUGGCCUGGGCGAAGAUCCUACAAGACGAGAACAUUCGGGAUCUUUCCAAGCAAGACAUUGAGCUCGUGAAGACAGAGCUCCUUGCCAAAGUCCGCUGCUACGGCUUUGGCGCAGUCCUUGAGGAGUUUGAAACAUAUACUGACUCCGUGUCUCCAAGUGUUUAUGAUAACGAUCCGACCAUCUACCUAUUCACCUCCCUGACCGCCGGCUCCUCCCACAUCGUCACGGCUACCUCGCGAAUUGAAACAAUCCUACGAGCGAACAAGAUCCCGUUCAAAGGAGUAGAUACUGCGACUGAUGAGCUCGCAAAGAAGCUAUUCCAGCGGAGAGCGAGCGGGAAGAAGCUCCCUCUGAUAGUCAAAGAAGGAUAUGUCUUGGGUGGCAUUACAGAAAUUGAAGAAUGGAACGAAUACGAUGAGAUCCGAGAAGCGUUGGGCGUCACAUCAGCCUUCACGCCCUUCCCUGCGAAACCCGGGCCCCCGCCUAUGGCUGCACCAGCUACCACCACCUCUUCCUUCUCAUCCACAAGCACAGCUGCAAAGAAGGAGAAUGUUGUCACACCUAGUCUGGAAACAAAUCUGGCGCUCCGGGAGCUGGGUGCUGAAGCCGCGAAGAAGGCCGCUUCAUUGAAGCCAGUGCCAAGUAACAUCAAAACUACAAACCCCCUGCUGGCAGAGAAGACGAACACACCCACCUCAGCGACGUCGAAAAAGAGCCCCACAAAAGAAGACCCUGGUAGCAUCCUCUCGCCAAAGUCUGUCCCACUACCUGAGACGCCGAAGCUUGCAACGCCUGCUACACCGACCACGACUCAAGACACAAAGCCUGCUGUUUCCACUACCAAAACAGAAGCCAAGCCUGCUACCUCGAGUACGUCGACCAAAGACGCGAAGGCCGCUGCACCGAGUACGAACAAAGACACCAAAGCAAAGGAUGCAAAGGCAAAAGACGCAAAAGCAAAGGACAGCAAGACAAAAGAUACCAAAGCAAAAACCACAUCCUCGAAAGAUGCAAAGUCCAAGUCAACGAGAAAACCCACGGGAGGUCUCUUUGGCCUGGGAAAAGCUCCAGCAAAGUCAAAAUCGAAAUCCUCAAGUAGCAAAGACACAAAAAGUAAAGAUGCAAAAUCAAAGAGCACGAAGGGUACAAAAGCAGCUGCGCAACCGAGUAUUCCCAAGCUUUCGGAUCUGCAGAAGCCUGUACAUGGGCCCUCCUCGAUGCACGACGAUGCGAAGAACCCUGCGCUUAGUGCUGGACCGAUAGAUUCGACAAACGACGAAGAAAGCGAGGAAGAAGAAUCAGAGGAGGAGAGUUCUGAGGAGGAAGAUGAUGCGAAGGAGCCAGCUACUGCAGCCAAGGUUCCAGGAAAGAUAGAGAAGAAGGCGACUGUAGCUGCGGAAGAGAGCAGCGACGAAGAGGAAGAUAGUGACGAAGAGGAAGAAGACAGUGAAGAGGAGGACAGCGAGGAUGAGAAGAAACCUGCACCGUUGGCUACAAAAGGGAAAGCAGCUACACAGGCCAAGGAAGAUGAAGCAGAAGAGAGUUCAGAAGAAGAAGACAGCGAUGAAGAGGAAGAGACCUCAGAGGAAGAGGAAGCGGAUGUGCCAAAGACGCAGAAACAAAGUGCUAAGGAUGCCAGUAAAGCUGGUGUGAGCGUGAAGGACUAG